AUAUAUACACUGUAACUUGGUCACUCUUCGUCUUCUCUUCUAUUCUCUUAAGAGAUUGCUUACUUGCUGUUGCUUGAGCAUACAUGGCCAUGGUCAGCAGUGCACCUGCUCCUCUCCCUUUGCCGCCGCCAUUGCCGCUGCAUCUGUCCCCUCGGUCGCCGCCACCUGAGGUGAAUACGAUGUUCUUCACGCGUGGAGGGAGCGAGCGGUCGCCGCUCAACACCAGCGGGGCUAACAAGGGCACCAGCCUCAGGGAGAUUGAAGAGGAGGAGGCUGCGGUCGACUCGGAGCCAGAGGAGGACGUCGGCGGAGGGAAGCUCUACGUGGCCGUCGGAAAGGACCUCAAGGAAGGCAGGUCCAACCUCCUCUGGGCCGCUCGGAACCUCCUGGCCUGUGAUCUCAAGCUUAUCCUGCUGCACGUCCACCAGCCUGCCGAGAGGAUCAUGACCGGAUUAUGCAAGGUUUCUGCAAGCCAUCUCGAAGAAAAGAAACUGGAAGCAUACAGAAAGACCGAAAAGGAGGAGAUGACCACACUUUUAGACCAGUACCUCAACUUCUGUAGAGUAUCUCUGAAGGUGCAGGUUGAAACAUUGGUGAUCGAGAAGAAGAAUCCUGCAACUGGCAUUGUUGAGCUCAUCGAUCAACAUCACAUCACAAGGCUUGCUAUGGGAGCCUCUUCCAUAUCGACGAAGAGGAAAGCACCAAAAUCAAAAGUUGCAGCCAUUGUGCAUCUACAGGCUAAACCGUACUGCGAUAUCUUCUAUAUUUGUAAAGAGACUCUUGUUUGCUCUAGGGAAGCCACUCAGCUUUCUGCAAAAGGAGAGUCACCCCAAAGCUGCUGCACAAGCUCAGUCUCGGAUCAGCCUGAGUUCCCUCUAAGAUCCUUAUCACUGCCGCCAGGGCAUGCAGGCUUCUUAGGCUCUACAGAUCAACAAGCCCUGCAACGACGGUCCAGAUUGGUAGCAAAUAGUGUGGAGAACAUGUCAGCUACACAGCCACAGUUGAUUGAUAUGUCACCAACCGGUUUCUAUCUGAAUUCCAGCCAGCAAAGCACUGGAGGGUCCUCAUGGGGUCCGAAUGAUUUGGACAUCAUGGAUGGAUCAACGGCACCUCUUUCAAUUGCAAGCUCUGAAGAACAUCAACGUUCCACGGUUGAAACCGUCAUACAAAAUGAAGAAUUUGAGCAACUGCAGCGAGUGCGCGAUGUGCUAGAGCGCUCAAGAAAGGAAGCAUCCGAGGGACGUCAGAGAGCUGAGAGAGAUCUGUUUGAAGCAUCUAAGAUUUUCAAAGCACGGGAGAAUUCACUACGCAAUGAAAAAAAGGAGGUAGAGGAAAGACUGACCAGAGAAAAGACUGGCCUUGAAAAAGAGCACCUCCUUAUAUGCAGCGAGCUGCAGAAAGCAAAUGAACAAAGGAUACAGCUGGAGAGUAAGCUUCUCCAGGCCAAUUUCCUAAUGGAAGAGCUCAAACAGUUGCAGGUAGAGCUGCAGCACAAGAAAGACCAUGCUGUCAGACAAGCUGAAGAGAUGCGUCAAAUAAACGGUAACACUGUAUUUGCUGGUGUGUUUGCCUUGACAGAGUUCAGAUACGAAGAGAUAAAAGAAGCAACAGACGACUUUGAUGACUCCAAAAAAAUUGGGCAAGGCGGAUGUGGAAGCGUCUACAAGGGUUUUCUACGCCAUACUACUGUGGCUAUAAAGAAAUUCAAUAGUGAAGGCACAACAGGAGAGAAAGAGUACAAUGAUAAGGUAGAAACACUGUGUAGGAUGAGGCAUCCAAACCUCGUCACUCUAAUAGGAGUGUGCAGGGAGGCCAAAGUGUUUGUUUUAGAAUUCAUGCCGAACGGAAGCCUAGAGGACUGUCUGCAGUGCAAGCACCAAACAAAGUCGCUCUCAUGGCAAAUGCGCAUCAGGAUUGCUGCCGACAUCUGCACGGGGCUCAUCUUCCUCCACUCCAACAAACCAAAAGGCAUUGCCCAUGGUGAUCUGAAGCCUGACAAUGUCCUUCUUGACACUAGCUUUGUUUGCAAACUGGCAGACUUUGGGAUCUCCCGUUCCUUGAAUCUGACAAACACUACCGUCACCCCUUACCACCUAACAAACCAAAUUAAAGGCACGAUGGGAUACAUGGAUCCAGGAUACACUACCUCAGGAGAGCUCACAGCGCAGUCUGACGUCUACUCGUUUGGAGUAGUUCUCAUGCGAUUGCUAACUGGCAAGAACCCCCUAGGCCUUCCGAUUGAGGUGGAAGCAGCCUUGAGGAAUGACACGUUGCAAGAAAUAAUUGACACUUCUGCAGGGUACUGGCCACCUCAGUACACCGAAGAGUUGGCAAGACUAGCACUGAGAUGUUGCCGGUAUGACAGAAAGGAGCGGCCAGAUCUUGCAAAGGAGGUCUGGGGUGUCCUGGAAGCUAUGAUGAACUGUCCAGGCGAUAAAUACCAGCCACCAAUGUUUUUCAUCUGCCCAAUUUCACAGGAGAUCAUGAGGGAUCCACACAUUGCUGCUGAUGGAUUCACAUAUGAAGGCGACACCAUCAAGGAUUGGCUUCAAAGCGGCCAUACAAUGUCCCCUAUGACCUACCUCACUUUCACACACCAUGAGUUAAUACCAAACAAUGCCCUUCGUUUUGCGAUUCAAGAAUGGCAAAUGCAAUCAUUUUGUCCGAUUGCAGAUUUCUGAGUUCAUGCAAUAAUCCUCUACAAGCUGAACUCGAAUCUUGCCAUGAGGAUAUAGCCAUGACACUGGAGUGGAGUGCACUCCCCUGUACGAUCGAGAUGGACUGCACGGAUGCAGUUAAGAUGAUCAAGGAGCCAUGCAUUGACCGUUCGGUUUUCAUGGGCAUUGUCCAGGAAAUAUAAGAGAUGAUGGUAGAUGGGGGUAGGUUCGAGAUAAGUAUCAUUUAGACAUGAGCGGAAUAAACUAAGUCAUGAGCUUGCAAACUUUGAUCUCUUGUCAACUAGUACUAUGGUUUGGCCUCAGUUCGGGCCUGAUGAAGUCCUAGCACUAUGCCAGGCAGAUUGUAAUCAUAUGAUUUAAUCACUACAAAUUCCCAUUCGCAAAAAAGAAAAGGGAUGGCAAAUGUGACAGCAAACGAAAUUUUAAACUUCCAUUUGAUAUGUAUGAUGUCAUGUUUUUU